AUGACUCGCUUCAGUAUGGUUCUUGUCGUGGCUCUAUGCCUCACUAUCUUUGCCUUCCCUGAAACCACCGCGCAACUAAGCCGCAAUUUCUACUCCCAAACUUGCCCCAACGUCGAACAAAUUGUUAGAAAUGUUGUUCAAAUGAAAGUUAAGGAAACAUUCGCGGAGAAGGAUUAUCCCGACAACAUUUCAUUGGCCGGGGAUGGAUUUGAUGUGGUCAUCCAAGCUAAGAAAGAUUAUCCCGACAACAUUUCAUUGGCUGGGGAUGGAUGUGAUGUGGUCAUCCAAGCUAAGAAAGCCCUUGACGCUAACCCUCGCUGCCGCAACAAGGUCUCUUGUGCUGACAUUCUAAGCUUGGGCGCCCGAGAUGUCGUUGUUGUUGCUGGAGGACCAUUCUAUGAAGUUGAACUUGGUAGGUUCGACGGAUUGGUAUCAACUGCCUCUAGCGUCAAAGGGAACUUGCUGGGACCUUCCGACAACGUAAACAAACUUAAUGCUCUUUUCAUGAAAAACAAUCUUACCCAAGAAGAUAUGAUCGCUCUUUCAGCGGCCCACACCCUUGGAUUCGCACAUUGCAGCAAGGUCUUCAACAAAAUUUACAACUUCAACAGUACCAUCUCCGUUGACCCAACCCUAAACAUGACAUACGGUAAGGAGCUUCAAAUGGCUUGUCCUAAAAAUGUGGACCCGAGAAUCGCCAUCAACAUGGAUCCAGUCACGCCCAGAACGUUUGACAAUGUUUACUACAAGAAUCUUCAACAAGGAAAAGGUCUCUUCACCUCCGAUCAAGUUCUCUACACGGACGGUCGCUCAAGGCCCACCGUUAAUGCUUGGGCCAAAGACUCUCAAGCGUUCAACCGCGCUUUUGUGACAGCCAUGACCAAGCUCGGCCGCGUUGGAGUUAAAAACAGCCACAAUGGAAACAUCCGUCAUGACUGUGGUGCAUUUAACUAG